AUGUUCUAUUUACAGAGUUCCCAGGCACUAAAGGUUCUGGAGAAUUCCCUAAGGAAGUACCUCCCUGAGUCCUUAAAGGUUUAUGGGACUGUCUUCCACAUCAAUCAGGGAAACCCAUUCAAGCUCAAGACUUUGGUGGACAAGUGGCCUGAUUUUAAUACUGUUGUUAUUCGACCCCAGGAACAGGACAUGACAGAUGACCUUGACCACUACAACAACACUUAUCUAAUAUAUUCCAAGGAUCCCAAGAAUUGUCAGGAAUUUCUUGGCUCAUCAGAAGUCAUUAACUGGAAACAACAUUUGCAGAUUCAAAGUUCACAGUCAGACCUGGGAAAAGUGAUAGAAAAUCUUGGAGCCAUUAACUUGGGAAAGGUCAUGCAUAAGCAGUGCUUUCUCUAUAUGAUAUUUGAAACAGCAGAGCAACUGACUCCUUCCUUGGUGGAUACAAAGAACUUAGUUGUCAGCAGUGACAAGCCCAAGCCUUUUGACCAUCAGUUAUUCAAAUUUGCCUCCCUGGAUGUUACACAUGCUGCACUAGUGAAUAGCAUCUGGUAUUUUGGUGGCAAUGAGAAGAGCCAGAAGUUCAUUGAACGCUGUAUCUCUACCUUCCCCAGCUUCUGUAUUAUGGGGCCUGAGGGGACCCCUGUGUCUUGGACCCUAAUGGACCACACUGGAGAACUGAGAAUGGGAGGCACCUUGCCUAAGUACCGGAGCCAGAGUCUCAUUUACCAUGUUGCUUGCCACCAGAUUCAGACACUAGGAAAGCUUGGCUUUCCCAUGUAUGCACAUGUGGAUAAGGCUAACUUCACCAUACAGAGAAUGGCUGUCAUGCUGCGUCAUGUUCCCAUGCCCUGUACGUGGAACCAGUGGAACUGUGUACCUCUAUAA